ACCUCCUGACGUACAAUAAACAAGAUCACGUGGCUCAAGCGCCGGUCACAGCCUGUCACGAAAUAUCCACCAUCGAAUGCCUCCAUGCCCGGUCCGUCCAACCACAGAAGGCACAAAGCUGCAAAAAAGAAGGCAAAAAAGCCGCUGCCCCUCCCUCCGCCUAAACCCGUGUCUCCUACUCCCAUUGACCACGAUGUCAUCCCCAAAUUGCCAUUCAUCUACGACCCAGGAAACGGACCUCGCGUACGCGACACCAGCUCCUUUCUCUCGUCCUUCUUUGCACAGGCGCCGGCCAUGGACAUUCCAAUGUGCGCAGAGUUUGCCCAGGAGGAGAUACGGCAGAUGCUUUCUACUGUGUUGCCGGAAGAGACUGCUUUGAUAUUGUGGUAUAACAAGAGUCGGGCGACGAGUAGGAUAUGCCCAGCGUGUCAGCGGCUGUAUCAUCUUGGUGACGCAUUGCCCAAUCUCAUGGGCGAAGAAGCGGAGGACUCGCAGAAAGGGCGUCUUCCUCAGCUACAAAGGGAACAGGAGCUUAGUGGAUUAUGCUCGCCGGUUUGCUUCAUUCUUGCUUCGUGUAACUUUCCCGAAGCCAUCAAAUCCGCAUGGGGUCAUACCGAGGACGAGAUGGACGACACGGCGUGGUCCAUGCUCAAUGCACCUCUUCAGAGCGACCAGCACGGUGAGCUUAGCACAGGGCUCAGCAUGCUCGUUCGCAUGACGCGUCUAUACGAUCUGGGUCUUGCCCAACUAUGUUUUCCUGAUAUGGAUCUGGAUUCAUGAAUCGUGACAAUCUUGUAUAUAUGUACGCGUUCUUUGCACUUACACUUGAUUCUUCUUGUUUAAUCAAAGCUCAGAUUGCUUUCGUGUUCUAUGCUCUGGAUGUAUCAUUAUUUGAAUAAAUCG